GUUUGAUUAAAAAUCACUUGCUGACAACUCUUUAGAUUUUCCACUAAACAGUUGUUUACUAUUCAGAUACUACUUAUACUUUAUAACCUAUCAGAUAUUUUAUAUUCUUAUUGAUUUUUAUUAUAUCCAAGCUAUGUUUAGAUCAACACUCUCAUCGUGGCGAGAAUACCUAACUCCAGUUUCUCAUAAAUCAACAUUUAAGAAAACUGGUGAAAUUACCCCUGAGGAAUUUGUUGAAGCUGGAGAUUAUUUGGUAUUUAAAUUUCCAACCUGGCAAUGGUCUCCUGCUUCUGCGAAUAAAAGAAAGGACUUUUUGCCAAAGGAUAAGCAAUUUUUGGUUACUAGACAUGUUCCAUCCUAUCAAAGAGCUUCAACUUAUUUAGGGAUGGAUAAUAAUGAAGAAGAUGAGGAAGAAAUUAUUGGGGAAGAUGGCUGGACUGCAACACAUAUUUCGAAACUUCAAAAGAAUAAGAAUGAUAAUAAUAAUAGCCACGAUAAUCAAUCAAAAACUACAAAUAAAACCACCGAUAACGAAAAUUCAAUUGAUGAGAUCGAGGAUAUCGAAGAUAUAGAGGAUUUUGAUGAAGAAAUUGAUUUAAAUGAUGAUAAUAAUGAUAACAAUUUCAAUAAUUCAAAUUAUUCAAAUAAAGAUAGAAGAAACUAUGAUUUAUAUAUAGGAUAUUCAACAUCUUACAAAGUCCCAAAAAUGUAUCUUGUUGGUUUUGAUUCAAAUGGUAUUCCAUUAAAUCCCGAUCAAAUGUUUGAAGACAUAUCUGGAGAUUAUCGUGACAAAACUGCUACAAUUGAAAAGGCGCCAUUUUUAAAUGAUACGACAUCAGUAUCAAUUCAUCCUUGCAGACAUGCAACUGUUAUGAAAGUUUUAAUGGCAAGAGCAGAAAUAGCAGCUAAAAACAAACAAUUGAGAGAGAAACAAAAAUUAGAAAAAGAAAAAGAAAAAGAAGAAAAAGAAAAAGAAUCUGAUAAAAAUAUUAUUAAACGAGUGGCCAAAUUGGGUUUGAUGGACAGUGAUGAUACUGGUGCAGAUAUUGAUGAUGAUGAAGAGUGGGAAAGUAUAGGAAAGGAUAUUUAUGAUAAUCAAUCUGAGAUUAUAAGAGUUGAUCAAUAUUUGAUUAUUUUCUUAAAAUUUAUCGCGAGCGUUACACCUGGAAUUAAUCAUGAUUAUACAAUGGAUGCAUUUUGAAAUUUAUUUAAUGAGUUUAAUAUUUUAUUUAUACUUUUGUUUUAUUUGGAAUUUAUUUUAUUAUGUGUGUGUUUUUUUCUUGUUUUUUUAGUUUACUUAUUUUAAUUUUUAUACGUAUACUUAUCCUUAUUUGGGUUACCUUUUGAAAUAAGAGUU